AUGGCGGGUGACGGCAGCGAUCGGCGGGGCUCUGCGGCGGAGGAUGGGGGGCAGCCGGCCCAGGAACGGGUUCUCUUUCCACCGACUUUCAGCGUUUCCGAGAUCAAAAACAAGCAACGGCGGCACUUCAUGUUCCUUCGCUGGAAGCAGCAGCAGAGGAAGGAGAAACUCGCCGCCAAGAAGAAGCGAAGAAAGGAGCGAGAAGCCCUUGGGGACAAAGCACCUCCAAAACCCGUACCAAAGACGAUUGAAAAUCAGAGAGUGUAUGAUGAAACUACUGUAGAUCCCAAUGAUGAUGAGGUUGCUUUUGAUGAAGCAACUGAUGAAUUUGCACCAUACUUCAACAGGCAGACAGUUCCCAAGAUUCUCAUUACAACAUCAGACAGACCUCGUGGGAGAACAGUAAGAUUCUGUGAACAACUGUCUACUGUUAUACCUAACUCACAUGUCUACUAUCGAAGGGGACUGGCUUUGAAAAGGAUUAUUCCACAGUGUAUUGCAAGGGACUUCACAGAUUUAAUCGUCAUUAAUGAAGAUCGCAAAAUACCAAAUGGUCUUGUAUUAAGUCAUCUGCCUGAUGGUCCAACAGCUCAUUUUAGAAUGAGUAGUGUCCGUUUGCGUAAAGAAAUAAAGCGAAAAGGGAAGGAGCCCACAGAACAUGCACCUGAAGUAAUCCUGAAUAAUUUUACAACGCGACUUGGCCAUUCUGUUGGUCGCAUGUUUGCUUCUCUCUUCCCACAUGAUCCUCAGUUCAUUGGAAGACAAGUAGCUACCUUUCACAACCAGCGAGACUACAUCUUUUUCAGAUUCCACAGAUAUAUCUUCAAGAGUGAAAAGAAAGUGGGAAUUCAAGAACUUGGGCCACGUUUUACAUUAAAGCUGAGGUCUCUUCAAAAAGGAACUUUUGAUUCCAAAUUUGGAGAAUAUGAAUGGAUUCAUAAGCGCCGAGAAAUGGACACAAGUAGAAGAAAAUUCCACUUAUGAGGGGUAGUUAUCUGCCAAUUGCUGCCAUCCGGAAAUGCAACUGCUUUGAACUGUGGAUUAUCUCAGCCUCCCAACUAAUGAUAAUACUGAACAGUAUCUGGCAGCAGAAAGACAAAUGCAAACAUGAAAACUUUAUACAGGAGCACAUGAAGUAGGAUGUGUAUUUCUUGCUGUUUGUAGCUAAAUGUGACACAACAAGAACCAUGACUCUUUUUUCCAAUUUAGCAGGAAAAACAAUGGCAAUGUCAGAGCCACCUAUAAUUUAGCUAUUGCUGAAGACCUGCAUGACUGCUGUUGUGCUGUAGAGAUAAGUAUUUGCAACA